CCCAGGUCUCCCUGCUAUGGCCAGGUGAUCCACCGGCUGCCCAUGCCCAACCUCAAGGACGAGCUGCACUGCUCGGGGUGGAGCUCUGGCUGCGGCUGCUUUGACAAUGGCCCCGCGAGGAGGAACAAGCUGGUGCUGCCCUGUCUGAUUUCCUCCCGCAUUUACGUGGUGGAUGUGGGCUCCCAGUGCCGGGCCCCCAAGCUGUGCAAGACGAUCGAGCCGGUGGACGUGUUCUGGAAGUGCAACAAGGGCUACCUGGCCGUGACCCACAGCCUGCCCAACGGGGACGUGCUCAUCGCCAACACGGGAGACCCCGCGGGCAACGGCAAAGGUGGCUUCGUGGUGCUGGACGGGGAGAGCCUGGAGCUGAAGGGCAACUGGGAGAACGAGUGCGAAGCCCCCCCGACGGGCUACGACUUCUGGCUGCAGCCGCGGCACAACGUGCUGGUCAGCUCUGCCGGGGCGGUGCCCAGACGGGCGGGACGGGGCUUCAACCCCGACGACCUGAAGAAAGGGGUCUUCGGGCGCCGCCUGAACGUGUGGAACUUGUCGUGCCGCAGCCUCACCCAGUGCUUCGACCUGGGCGAGGACUCGCUGCCCCUGAGCGUGAGAUUCCUGCACAACCCCGACGCCGCCGAGGGCUACGUGGCCUGUGCCCUCAGCGGGGUCACCUACCGCUUCUACAAGUGCGAGAGAGACAACUGGGCCGUGGAGGAGGUGAUUCGCAUCCCGCCCAAGGAGGUGUCGGGCUGGAUCAUGCCCAAGAUGCCAGCCUUCACCGUGGACCUGCUCAUCUCCCCGGACGACAGGUUCCUGUACCUCAGCAACUGGAUCCACGGGGACAUCCGGCAGUACGAGCUCUCCAAGAACUGCAAGCCCCGGCUGGUGGGGCAGGUGUUCGUGGGGGGCAGCAUCCUGCGAGGGGGCCCCGUGACCGUGUGUAGGGACGAGGAGCUCAAGUGCCAACCCGAGCCCCUGGUGAUCAAGUGCAAGCGGAUUUACGGCGGCCCCAGCAAGCUGCAGCUGAGCCUGGACGGGCGCCGGCUCUACGUCACCAACUCCUUCUACAGCACGUGGGACAAGCAGUUCUACCCCACCAUGGUCAGGGAGGGCUCCGUGAUGCUGCAGAUCGACGUGGACACGGAGAAGGGAGGCCUGGCCGUCAACAAGAACUUCCUGGUGGAUUUUGGCAAGGAGCCCAACGGGCCCUGCCUGGCCCACGACAUUCGCUUCGCCGGCGGCGAUGCCACCUCCGAGAUCCUGCCCUAGGAGUGAGCCCGGGCCGGCUCCGCCCUUCCCUCCCUUCCCUCCCCCUGCAGUGCCCCUGCUGGGAAAGGGCGGUGGCUGAUGGGCUUUGGGAUCCCGGUGAUGGGCUUUGGGAUCCCGGUGAUGGGCUUUGGGAUCCCGGUGAUGGGCUUUGGGGUCCCGGUGAUGGGCUUUGGGGUCCUGGGUGAGGGGCUUUGGGGUCCCCGUUCCUCGCUCCGCUCCCGAUUCCCCCUCCUGAGCUCAGGGAGCUCGAAUCCCCCCCGGCCUUGUGCGGCCAAACCAGUGCAGACACACGAUCCCAGUUCCCAUU